AUGUUCAUCAUCGCAAGAUUCUUCAGUAUCGAAAGCAAAUGCGUUAAGAUUCUCGGGAUUAGUUGGAACGAGGACAGUGAUGAAUUUUGUUAUGACCUCGGCGAAUUAGUUGAAUAUGCGAAAUCCCUUCCCACAACUAAACGAUCAGUGUUAAAGCUUUCCGCCAAAGUAUUCGACCCCAUUGGUCUUUUCUCUCCAUUUACAGUUACCAUGAAAAUGUUGUUUCAGACACUGUGUACCACCAGCGUGAACUGGGAUGACGAGUUAGAUGGCAAAGCAUUAACGGCUUGGAAAUCUCUCGUAAAAGAUUUACAAGCCCUGAGUGAUAUACGAGUACCACGAUGUUAUUUUCAACGUCUAAACGAACUGUUUCGAACACACGAGAUUCACGGGUUUUGUGAUGCGUCUGAUCUUGCGUUUGCGGCAGUGGUGUAUCUUCGCACAGCACACAGCAAUGGAGAUAUUGAAGUGAAUUUGAUUGCAUCCAAAACACGAGUUGCGCCUAUCAAACGACAGACUAUGCCACGACUUGAACUGUUAGGAGCAAAUAUAUUAGCACGAUUGGUCGAUUCUAUUAUUCAAGCACUCACGUCGAUUAAGGAAAUUGCUGAUGUUGUUUUAUGGACGGACUCGUUCACCACAUUAUGCUGGAUCCGAAACCAUAAAGCAUGGAAGACGUACGUCCAGAACCGAGUAAACGAAAUCAGAGAGUUAACAAGCAACUACGAAUGGAGACAUUGCCCGGGGGAAUUAAAUCCCGCUGAUUUGCCUUCUCGGGGAUGCUCGGGACGUGAACUCGCCGAAGCUGAAACGUGGUGGAAUGGUCCAAAGUUUCUCAAGGAGUCUAAAGAUCAAUGGCCAGUUGAUCCACAACCUACGAGUAAAGACAACGACGAAGCUUACAAUGAAGUGAUGAAAAACCCACAUCCAAUUGUACAUUCCUUGUCUGGAAUAUCGUUAAAUGGUUCUGUCCAUAUUGAGAGAAUUCUCGAUCCUCAGAGGUACAGCACGAAGACUAAGUUACUUCGCGUCACAGCAUUAGUAAUCAUUAGAUUUAUAAAGAAGACUAGCAUUAGAUUUAUAAAGAAGACUAGAAAACAACCGUGUACAAUUUCACCUGAAGUAAACGCUGAUGAAUUAAAAGAAUCCGAGAAAUUAUGGAUCCGUAGUAUUCAGUCGACAGACUUUGCCGAGGAGAUCGAAUGUAUUCACAAUGGUUGUAUGAACUCACGAGUUAACCAGCUUGGUUUAUUUGUCGAUGACGAUAAGAUUAUCCGUUGUGACGGUCGAAUUGGCCACUCCACGAUGCCUGACGAUGCAAAGCAACCAAUCCUUUUGCCCCCAAAGCAAGAAUUUACCAGGUUAAUCAUUCGCGAAGCUCACGAGUUAGUACAUCACGAUGGAAUUAGAGAAACUUUAAAUUGCGUUCGAAGAAAAUAUUGGGUUCUACGUGGUCGAGAGAGUGUUAAAAGAAUG